GGUCAAUUGUGGGGGAAAAGAGAACAGCGCUUGCUAUCAAUAUGUGGGGUAGACAUGUGCCGUGCGCUGGAUGGAUGCGAUGGGCGGAUUUUGACAGUCUGCCGAGGUGUGAUGGACGGGAAAGUGGCUUUUGCGUUUAUUGUGCGGAGGCGACACUUUUGGCUUUGGGCAUGGUCGUCACUGGUGUCAUCGAUCGGUGUACAGGAGCUGCCAGUGGACUGGGUGCAUGAAAUCCAACGGUGUGAACACGGAGACCAUCGGUGCUUGUUUUUGGUUCCGCUCUACUUCCGCUCUCGUGUCUUUCGAUCUUAAUCUGGUCUCUCAGCUCAAAGAAUUUUGUUACGUGACGUGCAGAGAAGUGGGUUACGCUGCUGACGGCGUAUGCCGUAGGUCUACUUGCGAUUCUAGUCGUCUAUUAGAAUUUUUUUUUCUUCCCCCUUCAAGCAGACGUUCUCUCGAUGACCAGUACUGUGAAUCGGAUCAAGUUGAAGGAGACUUCGUAUGAUAUCCAAAACUCCACUCAAAAGUUUAAACUAGACUAGCAGAUCAUGACCAUGUCGAGGGAAGAAAAAGUGAACGUCGGAGGGGUACAUUCCUGACGACAAGCCACAGUUGAUUUGAGAAUAUGUGGGUUCUGGAAACUCAGAUUGAAGAGUGGGGAUCAGAAUACACAGUUUGUGGCAGGCUUAACUACAGGCAUGGAGCCUGAAGAUGCUGAAUAAGAACUGUUCAUAGACCGUAGUAAAGGAACUACCCAUGGAAAUGAUUUCCGCUUGACUUAUUAGACGUCUUGUUCUGCAGUUUUUUCUUCUUAGGGUUACCUUUCUGACGCCUAUAUCAUGAGCAAGUAGAUCUCUAACAAUUUAUCCAGCGCUUGACACAACUUUCAAUUCUCAGGUCAUCAGCUCGUUCCACUCUCUAGAGAGUUCUGCCGUCACAGAGGUGUAAAGCAUGUUACAUUUCUUGCACUUCAGGGUGUCUAAAUGGCUACUGAAGAAGUAGUUGGUAUCCUUCUAUGUUGUCACCCACGAAGGGAAGUUUGAUGAUUUCUAACUGUAGGUGCACUGAUGCCGAGCAUUUGAAUUGCGAUGUGGUCGAUUCCUUGUUCUAGAUUCUCUGCGUGCCUUGAAUGUACUUGGGAAAGCCCAGAACAACUUGAUUCUUCUGCUUGGUUCUAUAGAUUCUCAAAGAAAUCCAUUAGCCUCGUGAUCUGUGGGUAACGUCGGUUGGUUUUCGUGUUGGUUGCGUGGUAUGUAUCUGGUUUUCAGAAGGUAUAGUGCUUCAAUUUAUGCUGUUCAUGACCGACAAAUCAUAGUUGGAACGUUCAUUGAGAUUGCAAAACCUUUCCGAAGCUACCAUAACAGAGUUUCGAAUCUUUCUCGUAUCUUUCAGUACCUGAUUCACAAAUAGAUGUAACAACUUGGUUAUCCCUGAUGGUCAUUUGGUUUCAAAGAAUCCACUUGUUCUGCCCGCCAUUUCAGAAAUGUUCCUGGAAAGAUUGGAGGUUUUGUUCUUCUUCUCUUGACAUGGAACUUUUACUACAUCAACAAUGGCAUUAACUGAAGUCAGAGAAUGUGAUCCAGGUCAUUAAUUUACAAUCAACACCGAAGGUGCCUCCAGGGACACCGAAAAAGCACAGUUAGCGCACAGUUGGAAGUACUAUGAAUCACCCUCUGUUUUUUUUGUUGAUUUUAUCAUAUUCAUAAUCCCAGCGCCUGGAGAGAAAAUUGAGAUUGCUCCAAAUAAUGAUUGUGUGGCUAUUCAUGACACAGAUUCUCAAAUAUCAAUCGGCUCCAGACGCGACAUGCAGACCAACCCCCCCCCCCCCUCCCCUCAUCAUCUCAACCACUGUUUUGAGCAUCUUAAUCUGGUUAGUGGAGGGUCAAACUGUAAGAUCGAAUCAUCAAAUCAAAGAGGAGUGAUAAUUUGAGCCCGAGUUUUUUCUCAACCUUCAAUCUCUACUUUUUCCACAAAUGGUGAUUUCCAAGGCGUUUCUGUCUUCUCACAAUGUGAGAGACUUGGGCAACGGUGACCAAGUGGUGGUACUAGGCCAUGGGUUUGGAUCAGACCAAUCCAUGUGGAGGUAUAUUGUGCCGUCCCUGCUGAGCAAUAACCUCAAAAUUGUCCUGUUCGAUAUAAUGGGAGCCGGCACUACGGACCCUGAGCACUUUAGCUCUAAGAGUUACUCUUCCCUUCAGGCACACGCCGAUGAUCUGCUUGCGGUUCUGAGGGAGCUAGAUAUUGUGAGCUGUGUGUAUGUGGGGCACUCCAUGUCAGGGAUGAUAGGUUGUCUCGCUUCCAUCCAGCGACCCGAAAUCUUUCGAAAGCUCAUCCUACUUGCGACGUCACCAAGGUACUUAAAUGAUAGGAACUAUUAUGGAGGCUUUGAGCAGCACGACCUUGAUCAGCUGUUUGCCAACAUAAAGUUCGACUUCAAAUCAUGGGUGUCCGUGUUUGCACCAGGGGCUGUUGGGGGCGACAUUGACGACAAAGCAGUGCAAGAAUUCUUUCGGACGUUAUUGUCUAUGAGGCCGGACAUUGUCCUCAGCACCUCUAAAACCAUAUUCCAAAGCGAUCUUCGAAGCAUCCUACCGGAGGUUACAGUGCCUUGCCAUAUAAUUCAAAGUCGUAAAGACCUGGCCGUUCCAGUUGAAGUGGCAGAGUACUUGAGCCGCAACUUGGGAGGGUGGACAUCCAUGGAGAUUCUACAAACUGAAGGCCACAUACCUCAAUUGAGCUCUCCAGAGUUGGUCAUCCCGGUGCUUUUGCGCUGCAUCGAUGCUUGAGGAUCAAACUAAGUCGUGACCUUACAGCACAUUGUGAGGGGUUGUUAAUAUUUCCUGUAAAAUAUCGACCUCAGAAGAAAACUUGGAUUUGCUCUCAAUAAGAUUGAAUUACUUUAGAAGAGUUUGAACACGUCAAUACUAGUUAGUGGGACCUCAUACCAUACCAAUUUACAUCUGCCAGCUAUUAUGAUUGUUGUAUUACACGGUGGUGUUUGUUCUAAGUUUGUUGACUGGUGGUAUAUUUGUACCUUAUUUCAAUCGUAGCAUAUGUGGAAACUUAUUUAUUGGUUACUAAUGUAGAAUUAUAACCUCUUGAAGUAUGCUAUUUCAUUAGUCUAAGGUGCGGUUUCACAGAGCA